AACGCAGUAGAAAUAUUCAUUUAGUAAAUAAACAUGGAGUCUAAAGGCCGUUCGGAACCUUCACCCACCGAUCCACCCUUUUCAAACGAUACUUCAUUUUCCUCCGAUUUACCAAAUUACUCGGAUGAAACUUCACAAAUUAGUCCUAACGACCUGUUUAAGCUGCUUGUUUAUACCAAGCACACCUCACUUAGCAGAUUAAAGUUGGUUGAGAAUGUGGAUGAGAAGAAGGAGUUUCUGAUACUCCAGGGUUCAAAUCGGACUAUACACAAGUUAAGAUCAAGAUUACUAAAUCUAUACAAGGAAAAGGGAAGAAUAAACAUAUCAAAGUCUGCUUUGAAGGAGUAUACAAAUUUUUUAGGGGAGUUUAAAAAGUAUGAUGGAUUUUUUAAAAAGAGCACUGACCACUGUGGGAAGUGUAAAUUACCCUCUGAAACCUCUACGAGUAUCUCCAUAGACUAUAACAUGUUUAGAAGAAGCGUACCGCCAAAUGAUACUGAAAAUCCGAAAUAUGACCCCAAUGAGUAUUUAGCACUUGAAAACUCGCUUAACCUAAUCAAGUCAAGAUAUAACUAUGACUUCUCAAAGUUAGUCAGUUACCAGAACAUAAUUUAUCAAAUUUUCCUAUUUGACAGUCACGAAUUUCAUUUAAUGGCCAAGUAUAAUCAGGAAGUUGAUCCCUCACUCUCAAGUCAACUGAGACUAAACAACGCAUUUCCCACACUCUACUACGUUUACAGCGAGAUUACUAAACAUAGAACAGAGUUUCUAGAGAAAAUCUCAUUUAAUAAGAGAUUAUCAGUUUCAAAUUCUGUUGACAAGUUUUCGCUAUCACUGGACCCAAAUGACACUAAAGAAGAGCCAUUAGAAACUGCUAAAUUUCAGUCGAAACUAACCCAACGAAACUCAUUUGACACUUUGGUAUCAAGUUUAUACAAGACACUCGAGAAACACGAUGUGUUAUUGAAUAUUCGAAUAUUUAACCUCAGUAAGUCAUCGGCUAGUGAGGUGGAAUCCGCUAUAUUCCCCGUGUUUAAGGAGAUUUUGGACGAAAUGCAGGCUUUCGAGUCUGAUUAUUAUCCCUGGAUUAGGUUAUUUAGAGAAAGCUAUACAGUGAAUGCGAACCCGAAGGUGGAGUACAUUUACAAUGUUUUUAACUCAGUUUUGGACUUUAGCUUUAAUAAUAAACUAUUCUCACUCACGGAUCUUUUAGUUGAUGUGAUCUUCAGCUUUUCGAUAAGGAACCCGGAUUUCUGCUCUUUAUUACAGAGUUUUACAAAGUAUUUCAAGAGUGUUUUGUGGCCCUCAAAUAUUAAUUACACCUCAGAGUUAUUAUCAAUCACCAGUGAUAGCUACAGUAAUAUUUUUAUCCCGACUGUCCCGAAUUUAGAGUCAGUUUCAGCCUUUGAAUAUUUGGCCCUUCAGUACCCGAUUCUAAGUCACAAAACUGAUAAUUCUCCCACUAAAGAGAUGAGCUCAAUAAUUCCAAAAAUUGGUAAUUUCGUAGUAAGAAUUGAUGUGGAGAUUUUGGACCGCAUUGACGUAGACAAAUUGUACAUGAAGAAGAUAAAGUCAUUUAACUUCAAAUUGUACAUUAAGAACCAUAAUAAGAUUGAUAGGACUUUGUUUUUGAUAGGCUCACAAGGUCGCAUUUUCUUUGCUACUGAAUGUAAUAACACGGGACCUGUUAGGUCUAGCAGGGGCUCUGACCACACAGGCGUAUCUGACGGGAGAAUGAAAUUGUUUAACAAAGGCUCAAGGUUUUUGUCCAUUGAACUUUUGUUUAGUGAUUCAACAGUUAGUGUGUUCAGUAAUGGGAUAUACUUUAUGACUAUACAAUUUGUAGAUUCGCGACUUGACUUCUUUCAACUUGACUUCAGCUAUAAUCUUGAAAAUGUUAACGUCAGGCAGUUUUCAACUCUAUCACCGGGUUUCAGAAAGUUUUUAAUCCAGUCAAAUCUAAUCCACCACCACAUGUUCAUUACCAACGACAACUUUACCACUAUAACCCUGGACAGUAGUGGUGUAGCUAGUAGUAGUGAGGAAGUACAGAGUACGAGGUCUGAGCUUGAGUCUGAAGGUUAUAUUAGAAGAGUGUUUGACUAUUUUUCGUUCUUUUCAAUGGCAUUAUCAAGUGUACACACGGCAGUGGCAAAUGUAAACUUUAACAUCUCACUGGAAAACUCAUUUAACCCGCUGAAUUCCAAGGCGUUUGAAAGUUUGAAUAUUAUGUUUGAACUUUUGUUGAACAUGUUUGAGCUGGUAUCAGACACGGCGUUUAACUGUGAUUAUAACUUAAUUUCCUCAGUGGGAUAUGUGAACGUGGUAACACUCUGGCGACACCUGUCAGAAUCAAUUAUCUCAGUACUGUCCGUGGUGAAGAUUUUUUUUUCACUGCCAAUUACUAUGGAAGAAGUGCCACUUUUAUUUCUGAAUAACCUGACAAAGAUAUUGUUCGAGUCCAUCAAGUAUAAAUCGCACUUUGAUUUGGAGGGAGAUUUUAAGGAAUAUCACCACCCAAUUGACUUGAUUUCACUGGCUAACAGUGUUAAUUUGAUAUCACUGGACAUCUUAGGCUCAAAUCAGCUGAUAUCAAAACAACUUUUCUCCACUUCUCCGACACAUUUCUUGUCCGAAAUCCUGGUCAACAUUGCCUAUACAACUUCUUAUUUUGUUACAGACCUGACCAUACUGACAAAGAAUACUACGCUAAACGCACUUAAUCAGGGACUGUGCAUUGAAAUUUUCACCAAAAGAGCUUUAUCAGAAGUUUUCGAUCAACCUCAAACCUCAAAGAGUGGAACAACCAAGGUCACUAAAUUAUCAUCAAAUUCCGCUAACUUAUCACCUACAAAUCCGUCAAAGGUAACGAACAUGUGGUGGAAUUUGAUACACGAGUUACUUGAAGCUGAUAAGUUAUCAUUACAGUGUGAUACGGCCAGUUGUUAUAACUUUUGCACGUGUAAUUCGCGGUUAAAUGAUUUAUCAUUGUUGGAUCCAAUGUUUAAUUAUUGUACAUUCUGUUUAAGGAAGUAUUUUAACUACUUCUCAUCAAUUUCCUCGCUUAACUAUCACACGACCAAGUUGUACAGUAGUGAGUCUUUUUACUCAAUUCCAAGACCUUCAAUGCUGUUAUGCCGGUUUCUACUUAAACAUGGGAUUACAAUUAUGUUAUUUAACUCCUUCUGCUCGAGGUAUAAUAGGGCCAAGAGUGGGUCAAGCUCAGAAUCGGAUUCGGAAUCAGAUUCUGAUUCAAGUAGCGUAGAUGAAUCGAUAUUUGAAGAAUAUUACUCAUCACUGUUUGAGCCGAGUAAUUUAGUGUUGGUGGAGGAUAUUUUCAUAUAUUUACUGAAGUUGAAGGAGCACAUCUUGUAUAUUAUUAGUGGCAGGGUGGAUUUGUUAUCAAAGUAUUUGCUGGACUACUUUGGCCUAUUGUUACAUAAUUUUAUAAGUUGUUUGUCGUUGCUGGAUUUGUUUUCAUAUUUCUCAGAAUUUAUGGAAUCCAUCAGGACUACAAGUAAGUAUUUGUUCCACAUUGUGACACUCUCAUGUGUUAACCUGUUACCAUAUCUGAUAAAAGUACUCUUGCUCUACAACAAAAUCUUUCGAUGUUAUUCUGCAAAGUAUCAAAAGUUUACCCCGUUUAUGAAUUAUUUAAUUUAUCAAUUUUCAAGCCUUUUGCUGAUUUUCAUGAAGAUUGUGCAUUUCGUGUAUGAAAACGUGGAUACUCUGGAUUAUAAUAUUCUGAAAACACGCCAACGCUUUUCACUAGAUAAAAACGAAUUGGACUCUAACUGUUUAAAAGACCCCAAUUACAAGUUCAAAUUUCCCAAAUGCAUCGUGUCAACUCUUAAUUUCACCUUCGUACCACUAGAUGGUAGGGUCCGUGUUAAUACUAGCAUGGACGGUAAUACCAGGGAUCCUACUGCCAGGGAUGCUACUGCUAGGGAUUCUACUGCUGCCGGGAAUAUUGACACCAUUACUGAGCCCGUUGAAUCUGAACUUGAGAUGAUUGGAUCGCUACGUAAAUUAUUAUUACUGGUGCAAGAUUUCAAGUACGUCAAGGGAACGAGUGUGUCAUUUAGGAAUGUGCCUGAGAUUGAGUCUUUUAUAUCAAAUUCAGCUGAUUUUGAGUCAGAUUUGGGGCUUGGGACUUUGACUCGAGGGUUACUGAAUAUGGAGUCUUGGGCCACAAAGAUCUUUUCGGACAGUUUUGACCAGCUCUACCCACGUCUAGUCGCGCUUAGAUAUACCCUAAUAGCACUUUUUACACACUUACUAAUUCAACAAGACUCCCAAGCCGAUCCCUCGGAAUAUUCUCUCGAGUACGAGUCGCACUUUAUGGAGUAUCUGGACUCGAAAAAGUAUGCCAGCGUAGUUUGUAUGAAGAUAUUGAGCAAGUUCCAGGCAAUGAAUUCGAUGCAGAAUAUAAAGAAUAAAGAUAGUUUAAGAGAAACUUAUUUAGAAGAUGUGGCAUCCAGAUGUAUUUGGUUAAUUAAGAACACGUCCUCAGGCCACUUUUCACAAAAUUCAGAUUUCCACAAUACAACGAGUGCUACAGGUAGAACACUGGGAAGAAGCAGCUCCAUAACGGGUGAACGUGAGAAUUUGUGUAGAACAGUAUCAAAAAUGAAGACGAGUACAUAUAAUAUGGUAGAUCAUAAGACGAGAUUAAGGUCAGGAGCUGCAUUUAGAAGGUCAAAUUCCUCAACAAAUCUCAAUAAAACUUCACAAGAUUCAUCAAAACUUUUGGUAACCUCAGGCCAGGUCAAAAACUUUGACGUGGAUAACGCCGUGGCAUCUGAUAGAACACAUUUUAGUUCGGGUGCUGAUACCUUGGGGGAUAAUUUUGCCGAUUUGGUUGACUUUAUAUUGAAUGGGCCUCCAGGAUUAGAGUGUGAGAAGAGGUUUCUGAUACACAGACUGUCAUCACUGGUUAGGAUAUCAUUACUAUCCAGUUUAAAGGCGUUGAUUUACAGUUUUCUGGAUCUUGGAUAUGUUAGUGGUAAUUUCUCAUUCACACAUAAUUAUUCACCACUGGUUGUGGAUUUACUCGUUAACACUGGUACCACUGGGGAAAGCGCUAAGAAUCAGGGAGGUGUGAGUAAUGUGAAGAAUUUGAAUGAUACGUUGGAUUUAUUCUGGUACAUAAUGAUCAACAAGUUGAGGCCAAUAAUGUUAUGUACGUUUAAGGAUUCAAAGUUUGAGUUGGUAAAUGGAACAAAGUAUGUACCAAACAUUUACAACCGGGUGGUCUAUGAUUACUUGUGCAGUAUUUUGGAGAAUGUGUGUGAUUGGUAUAUUAGGAGUGGAAUAACAACUAUAGACUCCACAAACUAUAAUAGACCGAAUAUGAACUUUUGGCUAGGAAUUUCAUUAUCGUUUUUUUCACUGGUGUAUUCCUUGGGGCUUGAACCCAUGACUGACACGAGGUAUUCUUACCAGAUUUUCAAUUAUAUGAUGUCUAUUUUACACCCACUUCCACUGCUGAACUUUAAAAAGGCCAUGGCUAAUCAGACAAGUCUUUCAUGUUACACGGUAGAGGUUGCACUGGUUGUGUAUGUCUCAGACCACUUUGUAACCAAUUUUGAGGAAACCGUUGAGAAUUUGUUCCACUGCCUGAAGAUGCGGAAGUUCACCAGGAAAGAUCAGCUGAUUUUACCCGGAGGAACUAUUUAUCUGAUGGUUAAAAAGUCCUCGAAAAUAUCCGAAAAUCUUAAACAGGACCACCCAAUUAAUCUUAACUUCACCCACCUGUGGAGCUUUCCCAAAAUUGAAAACACCAGCCACGGACUCGGACACUACCUCAUCUACAAUUUCGACGUUAAUUUCGAUCAAUCCAAUACAAACACACUAGAUACCACUGAUAAUACUAUCAACCAUAGUAAUUCUAGUAACCCCAGUAACCUCAUUAACCCUAGUUACCAUAGUAACUUUAAUAACUCUGUUCAUUCUAGUAACAGUAACUCUGUUAAUGCUGGAAGCUCAUUUACGUCACUGAGUGCGUUGAAUAAGAGGGGGCAUGUGAACUUGGAGGAGAAUGAUAUAAUAAUGUGGAGGAUGGAGAAUUAUUGGCAUUUGAUAUCAGAAGUAUCACUUAGUAAGCGUACGAGUAAUAAUAUUGCGUUGGUUAUAAACACGUCUAGAGACAUCACAGUGUACUUGACAUUGCCUAAGAAUAUUACGAAUAGGAACACAAACGAGAUUGAGCUUUCACUGGUGAAUUAUUUGGGAGGUAAUUUGGAGAUUGAAGGAGUAAAUGGCACUUGGACACAAGUCUUGGGAAUUAAAGGCCUAGACUACUUUUACGUUGUCAGGUCCAACCUGUAUCUGCUAUUAAAAUAUUUACUAUGGGUUGAACUUUCAACUAAUCUACACACAAAUGGUGUACAGAGUGGUAAAAUUGAUUUACACAGUGGGCCUAGUAGCAGUAAGAUGGGAGAUGUGGGAUUGGUAUUGGGGAUAUUAUUUAAGUAUUUGAGAAGCACAGCAGUACAGAUAUUUAACCUGAGUACAGCAUGCAACUGUAAAGAUAACCCGGAAAAAGUAAGUAUAAAGUACCACUGCAGUAAUAUAAGUUGCCAAUUUAAGUAUUCCACAACAAUAAAAGGGUACCUUGUGGAUUCUGAUAAUACUGCGGAUAAUUUGUUGGUGACGAGAGGCUGUUCAUCAUGUUCAACUAACCAGAUUUACAAGAAGGAGCUGGACUUCUUUUGGGGUAACAUAUUAUCAUAUCUCAUUAACCUAGUGCGAGCAUGUGAAAACUAUAACCUUAUAUACCUGGUUUUAAACAGUUUGCUGACCACAUUUACACUCGGCGAAAGACAAGCGCAGGCAUUUCUAUCAAUGGAUUGCCUGGGACAGAGGUUCUGUAACCUCCUAGUCGUAACAAUAAAACAAUUAUCAGCCACUUCUCACACCACUAGUCUUGUUAGAAGUGUCACUAGUGGUAAAGUUACUGGUCACACUGGUAAUACCCGCACCACCGGCGCUAGGACUGCCGGGAAUUUGAACAAUUUUGGAGUGACUGGGUUUGGAUAUUUGAAGACAGUAUUGGCAUCACCAAAGAUACAUGCGGUAUUUGUACUAAAAUGGUUACCGCCAUUGAAACAAGUACCUUUGGAGUGUAUCUACGCAACAUUGAGGGAAAAUUUCCAGUCGAUACUGAUAAGUAAGAGUUUUAAGCCAGUGACAAAAAUUGAGCCGAAUGAUCCAUUUGUGACCUUGCCUCAUUCAGAUCACUUUGUAACUCAUAGGAAUUCCGUGGAUUUUGAGGCUGACAUUUCAGAGAAUACACUACAGGUUAUUAGAGCGAAUAAUAUGGGAGGAAUUGUGAUGUACAGGAUACCCCCAACCCUGGGCACAACUGCAGUGCAACUGACAACAAACUUUUACAUCCUCAAUGCCAGCAGGUUUGGAAUAACGGUGGCGCCAGCAGAUUGUGUGUUUGGUACAGUAUCAGACUUGUUUGAGCGCAAUGACGUGGUAGGGUUUUCUCACUCAAAUAGCCUCAGCUUCACGUCUCAGUUAUUUGCAGCCACAAUAGGAUACACAAUUGGCGACAUUUUAACUGCUCACUUCACACUAGAUCAUCAGGAUGACGGACAACUAUGUCUCAGAACUGAGCUGUUAAUUGGCGGAAACUCUAUAGGCUCAGUACUCGAAGUUGUCUUUGACCCGAUAACACAAAAUGACCCUUCAAGAAGAAUGUCAUUGGUGUUCAUAUUCCAAGACCCAGCAACUCUUGUAUUAAGAGGCUCAAGUCUUAAUCCGGAACGCGGUAAUAUUGGUCCCAAUACUGGCACUCUGAGCGAGUCAAACAUUAUCAACACAUUCCUAACCUCCAAUGUCAGGAGAGAAAUACCAAACUCAAAUGACAGAAAUUAUCAUGUCAAUCCCAGUGAAAGAAAUCAUCAUCUCAAUGAUAGAAAUCACUAUUUAAAUCCCAAUGAAAGAAAUCAUUAUUUACAAUCAAAUGAUAGGGUGGGAUAUAUGGGUGACAGAUCCAAUUCAUAUCCAAAUGUGAGAGAAUUGAAUCGUAACGCACAAACGCUAGAGAGAAACAACUUCCAGACAGUUGAUAGAAACGUGAGAGAAGGAAAUGUCCAGACAGUGGAGAGAAAUAAUGUCCAAAUGGAACAGGGUAAUGAAAUAAUUGGAUCGAGUAAUGUGGAAGUAGUGAGGGUUUUGGAUAGAAUAGUGUCAAGAGAAACUUCGGCGACUGUUAGAUCAAGAACUGUAACGGAACACUCAAUUCCGGUUUCUGAUCACUCAAAUAGUAUAGAACCAUUUCCAGCUGAAGAUGCAGAAUCUUAUCCUACAAGUGAUUUGACGGAGAUUGAUGAAUUAACUGAAUUGAAUCAGCAGAAUGAGAUUACUGUGAAUGAAAAUGUUUUGACGUUUAAUUUUGCAAAGUAUUUUAAUGUGGAAGAUUCAGAUGUGGUUUCAUUCGAUAACGUGCCAGAAUGGGAUGUUAAGUUUGAUACUGUGGAAAACGAAUCUCUGGAUGAGGCGCCAAUAACACUUUGCAAGGACGAGUUUUGGGAUAAGUUGUUGAGGGAUGAUAAGUAUACGUGUCUUUUUGCGCAGUUUUCAGAUUCCGUUCAGGUGUAUCAGUCAGUUUUAUCAGUGAAUGUGCCGAUGUUUUCAGGUCUAAAAAGGGAAUUGGUUUUGAAGAUUAAGUCGUCUUUUGAUGAUUUGUAUACUCUGUUGAGUAGUAACUUUAAGUACACAAGGCUUGAGUCCUCAGUGAGGGACUGUUUCAGCUGGCUAUGUGUGUUGUGCUGUGACCAUGAUAGACAAGUCUGGGAAAAUUUGUCCCAGAAGGACUUUAAAGUUGUGUCCGACUUUACUUUACCGUUUCUUUUAGGCUCAUCAUUUCCCUCUAAAACCACACUAGUAACCUUGCCAAACGAGCUUUUGCUUGAUCUUUUUGUGAGUAUUUCGAAAAUCCUGACUGUGAGGCCGGUAAUUUCAACUUUAACCUUAUCUGCUACUAAAAAGGGUUCAAUUAGGUUCAUUCACGGUGAUGUGCAAACUGACUCGUUAAUUAUAGCAAUCGCUUCCAAAUCCCUGCUCGCUUCUGCACUCAUACUCAAGGUACUUUCACACCGCUGUUUCAAGGUUGAUUUGUACUCUACCACCGUUGUAAGCAACGGUAUCGGUGCUCUUAACGCUGAUUUUCUACACUUGCUGGACGGGCUGACUAAUUUUAUUGUUUCAUUUUUAUCCACUUGUUCUGAUGACUUGGUCUUCUCAAAUAACACCAUUGAAAACGUAACCUUUUCUAACCUCCAAUCCAUCCUACAAUCUCUGCAUAUCGACUACGACAACAUCACAACACAAGGAACUUAUAGAACGUAUAAUAACACGCUUGAGCCUGUGGAAUUGGUAUUGUUGGUGGAUGUGUGGAAUGCAAUUUAUAGUACCAACGCAUCAUAUGAGUUGAUUGAAGAAUCGGUUAACAGAGGGCUUAAAGUUAAAACAAUGAACUCAGAAUUUAACGUGAAGAUGUUUGGAACAUGUGAAAAAUCAUUUCAUACUAGUUCAAGAAUACCUUCAGUAAGGCGUCAUUUUAUGAGAAGAUCGCAGUUUUAUAAGCUGGUUGAACAUGAUCUGUUUGACCUUCUGCAAGGACUAGUACACGUGUUUAGGGAUUACUUUUACAGGAAAAUUCUGAGCCAGUGUAGUAACACAUUAAGCUUGUUUAGAAGUAGCAUAUUGCAUUUUUCAACUACAUUUGAUUCAAACUCCUUGGAAUAUUAUGAACUGGCGGAUUCAAACACUGAGUGUAGAAGUGGUACUUCGGAUGCUACCAGGAUGAACUUGUUUUCAGCAGCUUGUGAUCCAUUGUACUCAUGGCAGCUUCUUUUUUAUCACCCAUUUGUCAACGAGUCUGAUCCAAAUGAUAGGAAUACCAUGGCCAAAGUGUUGUUUACAGAGUUAAUUUACUGUAUGGCGAUUUCGAUGAGUUCAACUCGGUACUUGAAGUUAUUGGAGUGUGUGUUUUGGGUACUUGAUACUUUGCCAAGACACCCACUGUGUCCAUACGCAUUGAGAUUUGCACUUACGAAUAAAUAUAGCCUAAGCUUGCUUAACUUUUUGUUCCUGAAUGGUGUCGGGUCACCACCUAAGCUUUCACAGGUUUCAGCCAGGAUUACUCAUAAAGUAAUCCCAUCACUGAGUGUUAGGGAACUGGACAGAUUACUGGAGCUGAUUAUGUAUUUUGGAACCUGUUCAUUUUUAAGAGUCCACAGCGUAUGCAACUAUUACUCAACAUCUGAUCUGGAUAUGUUUACGAAUUUUGAUCAUAAAAGACACGACCACACUACCAGACUCUCAACCGCCAACAUACUCCACUCUUUCCUGACAUCAUUUGUAAUUGCCUGUGAGUGGGCAGAUAAUUCUAUCCCAGUGUCUGAAUUUUCAAUUACUCGUAACUUGGAAUACUCUGACUUCUACAACAUGGGAGCAUACUUAUACUUGGCACGUAACAAGAAGUUAAGUAGCCAAAUGUUAUCCCAUUUGUUAUCACUAACGCCUGAAAUAUACACAUCAAUCCCACUACAAACGGCGAAUCUGAGGAAAGAUUCUGGUGAAAAAUCUGCUCAAAUGAGUGAUUUGGGCUCAUUUUCUUCAUUUACGGCUAAAAACACACUUGGUAGUAGGAAAAAUAGUGCAAUGCUUAAAAGUGGUCCAACAAUUUUAAAUAGUAAACAGAGUGGAAGAAAGAAUGAAGAAGUCCAUUUUAUUAGUUGUUCAGACAGGUAUCACGGAUUAGUGUUGAAGUUUAAGGUUGAGUUGGCUACGAGGUUCGUGUUUUCACAAUAUAAAAACUUUUCAAAGGUUCUUGCAGAAUUGAUUGUAUCACCUCCAAGGACUCAGGAACUUAAAAUAGGCCAGUUCUACCCCUUGGAAGAGUAUGUAAAUAAUGUACCACUGAUUAAAUAUCUACUCCAAUUGGACCCUCAGUACACCUACUGCCUAGGAUACACUACUGAAACCACUUUUACCAAUGAUACAUUUGCAAAAAAUCCGGAGAUGAAUAUGAACAGAGUAUACAGGGAUGAAAAAACUGUUUAUAUAUUGAUAACUGGCGCCGAUGUGGCGAUGUACAUGACGAAUAAUCAUAUUUUCUGGGACAUUAAUUCCAUCACCACUUCAACUUAUUUCAAGCACCUAAAAGACUUAAUGCCCUUCAUUUUUGUUAAUAGAUUAAAUUAUGGCUCUGUUGACGUGAGCAAGUGUAUUGUUAAGUUAGACUCGUUGGUGGUUAUACCAGUUACAAACUGUUACGUGAAGAAACACGAGAAUGAGUUCGGUCUUUUGAAGGUGGGGAAUGGAUUUGUGGUUAGGCCAGCAAUACGAACGGGUUUAUCAGUACAUAGGACAAAGGUGUCAUUUUCAGAUGUGACACCGGUAGACUUAUCCACCUCAAGUCUUGUAACGCUGAGUGAUAACUUUGUUAAUUUGGGUACUAAUUCCUUAAAUUUGGAGGACGAAGUCAUGAGGUUUGAUCCAUGUCUACCAUUCAGGUUAUCAUUCAAGUUUGAAAAGGGCUUCAAUGUUAAUGUCAGGCCAAAUUUCUACGUUGGACUUGUUAGUGACCGUGAGAAACUUUUGUGGUUCAGCAGCGGUGAUCUUUAUGUCUCAACUAACUUCCACGUCCCCUCCAAAGAUAACGAGUAUAGGAAGAUUCAAUGUCUCCCGUACUAUGAAACUGAUGUUAUCUCAGUCUCGUUUAACCCUGAAGAGUCUAGUUUGUACUUUACAGUAAGUAAACAAACUGUUAAACUUAACUUUCACUCUUAUUAUUUCCACAUCACCAACGUUUACACUGAUAAUAUUAUUGCCUCAACUAAUCCAAACCACAGUGAGCGUGAUAACAUGUUUGGCAGUAUUGAGAUGAGCAACACUAAUACUAACACCAGCCUUGCUGGCACUUCCACUACCAAUAAAGAUAAUUUGGACGAUGGAUAUACCUAUGCUGAUAGAAGAAAUUUGAUAAAUGCGGUGAUAUUUGAUGAUUUGGCAAAGAUAAAGAGUUUUCUGGAGUUGCCGUGUGAGUUGUUUGAGAAUGGAUGCGAUGACCACUUUGACGUUGAUGGACAUGACUACUUUUUGUACUCUCCAAUUUACAUUGCGUGUAAUUUGGGGAAGCUGUCACUGCUAAAGUUGAUGGCGCUGAAUAAGAAUAUUAACUUUGAUGUUAAGUCCGGGCCCUACAAGUCCACGCCGUUAAUGGGCGCGGUCCGAGGAGGUCACUACCACGUCGUCUACUACCUGCUCACAAUUCACUCGAUAGAUAUUAAUGCAGUUGAUUCUUCGGGUCAUAACUGUCUAUACUACUCACUUUUCAGAUCAAAAGAGAUCAACUUUAAGAUUGUUGAGCUAUUGUUGAACUUUGGCGCUGAUGUCCAUUCGAAUGGGAGAGGUUUGUCUAUUUCAGAGACUUUGCACUCAAUUCCAGGAAAUAAUAAUUUGCACAAAAAGUUAAUUGACGCAUAUAAGCUACAGAAGGGCGUUUUUUACAAGUCAAAUUGGUCACUACUGCAGAAUUUGCACAUUUUCAUGUCUAGUAAAAUGUAUGUCAAGUACAACAUUAAAGUGGAUCCGAGUGUUUUGGGCCCAAUUGAAAAACCCUCUGAAACUUCAAGCCCGGCUACGCCUGUUAUGAGUAGUCCUGAGUUUUUGAGCCCUGACAGGAGGAUUGAUUUACCAGAUGAGACUGACAUACUGGAGUUGAUGGGUAACUUCUUGGGUAAACUGACAGAUGAUGUUAAGGAAGGGUUUAACACCACUAUUGGUUUACUAAGUGAAGGCCUACAACACUUACACUCAAGCACUGAGUUUUCCACUAAAAAUUCUGGAUUUAGUGGCCUCAACUCUGGAAUCUCAACCAACUCCAUAAACAGCAUCAGAAACACCAGUAUCAAUAGUGUGAAUAGUAAAAAUAGUAUGAAUAGUUUGAGUAGUAAAAAUAGUAUGAAUAGUUUGAGUAGUAAAAAUAGUAUGAAUAGUUUGAGUAGUAAAAAUGGUAUGAAUGGUGUGAAUAGUAAUAUAAAGGUGGUAUUGAAUAAUAUGAUAAAUGAAGAUACGGUGCAAAUGAGUAAUUUGGUAAUGAAGUAUAUAGAGGAGAGUUUGGAGAUAAUAAGGAGAGGGUUGUAUAAAAUGACAAGUGGGUUGGAUGAGGCAAACCCUUUGAUGAAAUCAGUAUCAAACGAGUUAAAUAUGACCUUGAAGGAGUUUAUAAUUUAUCACUUGUUCAAGUUCAACAAGGGUAUUGCCUCUGAAACUGAUGAAGCUUUGAGGAAUUUUAUUGCUUUGAGUAACAGUUUGGUUAACCAGUUAUCUGAAUGUGAAGGACUCAGCAUAGUCUCUGAAACCCAGUACAUAAUGUUAAAAUUUGUAAGAUUUGAAAAUAAACUUGUGUCUUUUGGAAUUGUCAAUAAGGAAUUGUUGUUCCCACAAAGGUUAAGAAGAAAUUCCCAAUUAUUAAAAGAUUUACACAUUGUAGAUUCCUACUCUUUCAACCUGGGAUUUUACAUUUACACCUCUUCAAACAAUUCUCUAACCGAUGAAAAUUUUACACCCACUUUAGAAAAAUCCGGCAUAGAAAGUAGAUACAGUGUGGAUACUGGUAAGAAUGGAUUAGGAGACGACACUGUCAACGGUAGAUUAGGAGUCAGUAGAGAUAGUGGAGUAGGAUUAGAAGAUUGUACAGUGGUUGGAGGAAAUAUGUAUAUGUUUGACAGAUUAAGAAUGGAAUUGAAUAGUGAGAUGUCCUUUGAAUUGGAUAGAACAUUGGUAAGUUUGUUGGAUUUGUUAAAGAAUAGUGACAAUCAAUUGGAAACUUUGGCAAAGAUAUUGAUAUAUUCUAGGAAUUGCGGUGAUAUGUUAGCACAUUUACCUCCUUCGGAUUCACACCUGUGGUCCCCAAUAAAUAUCAGCAUCGAGACAAUGUUCAGCAGUGUGCAAGAGUUGAGAAGUAGGAUUUUAAAGCUCAGGAAUACAUUCCCGUUAUCAGAUAUGGAUCUACACCUAAUGUACACAGUUUUGUGGAAACAAUUAAAUCAUUACACAAACUGCGAAAUAGUUGAAGAUCCGAAACAUAACACCGAAAUGAAGAUUGUAAGCCUAUUACAAGGGCUAGGGUUGGUGAACGAUAUAAUCCAGUUUGGAAAUUACAGAGUAACGAAUCCUGACAAAAUUAAAGGAGUCGACACUAAAUUAUGUACGAAUAGCGAGAAUAAUUUAAGAUAUAAUUUUAUGAACGAAUCUUCGCCAAAUAAUGAGAUAAAUUUGGAAGGAAUUGGAGAAAGUUUGUAUAUUCGAACACUCUCCUCCCCACACCUAAUUAACAGAAAUGACACUAAUCUUAGUCGAAACUCAGGUUGCUCUCACCUAUAUCUCGAUCUUUUCAAUAAUAAUAUCAACCGCUCAGAUUUAACCGUCAACACCACCGAUGCAAUUGUAAACGGUGAUUUAGAUGAAAAUGUACUAUACAAUUCAAAUCAUACCAGCACAUCCGCCAAUAAUAUAAACACAGUUGCUAAUAAUAUAAACACAUCCCCCAAUAAUAUAAACACAGUUGCUAAUAAUAUAAACACAGUUGCCGGUAAUGACACUUCAGUUGAUGACGGUAACAUAGUUGUAAAUUAUAAUGCUUUUCCUCUAGGUAAUAGUUUAGUUGGAAAUAAUUUUAUUGAAAACAAUUUGAUUGGGAAAAGAGUGAAUAUAAAUGAGGGUAAUAAAGGUUUGGAAGCCAAUAUUGGUGCAAACAGUGGUGGUCAUUGGAAUGGUAGGGAUCUUGGCUCUGAUUACAUAUUUCACAGUUUAUCGCUGAUAAUAUUAGCGGAUCGAAUCCGAUACGUUGAUGUCAUCUCAGAUGUGUUCAGAAAUGUUAUACCAAUCAUAUCAACUAUACUAAAUCAGCCCUUGAUACAGUACAGGCCAAUCAAUUCACUCAUUUCAGAAGGUUUUCAAGAUUACUACGGGAUCAAACUAGAUGAAAAUGACUUUGAUAGAUCGGAUAGCAAUGUAUCCCCUACUAACAACACCAUUGGUAAGAGAUAUUCUUAUGACGACUUGAAUCAAAUGAAUUGGAAUUGUUUGAAUAGGAUGAAAUAUAGUGUAUGUAUGGGCCCGAUGAUGCCAAUACAUUACACAGAUUACUUGAGGAAUAAGCCGUUAGUGAAGAGAAGUGUAUUAAAUGAAAUGUAUGAGAAGAUGUUUACACUCGGUAGUUUGAGCGUGGAUAGGCCAUACUUUUCAGUUCGAGUUGACCGUGGGAUUGCACAUACAACGAAGCUGUUGAGGAAUUCUUUGUGGUUCCAGAGCACUGCACAGAUUCUGAAUUGCAAUCCUAACAUUUUGAGAGCAAAAAAUAACCAAAGGCCAUUUAUGGUCGUUUUUAAAGGUGAAGGUUCAACAGAUUUUGGAGGCCCGUUUCAGGAGCUUUUAACGUGUAUUUCUAACGAGUUUAUGUUCCCACUCACUCCAGAUAAUGAUUCACAAUCUGCAACAAUCAAGUGUCAAAAUACCAUAAACAACUAUGGAAUGCACCAGGACACAGUUCUAAUAAAGUUCACACAUUAUCCAAUAAGUAACUUGUUCACAGAGAAUACUAGUCAAUUAACUGAGGCCAGGGGAAUUCGCAGAGAUUCGGUUGAGCCAAGUGACAGGGCCAAUAGUAUAUUUACAGUCGGAUGUUGUGAUUUGGGGGUUUGUUGUAGUAGUGGAUGUUGUUGUAUAUUGUCAACUUUCCCCUUUGAUGAGCCUGUGAGUUCUAAGGACCUCGGGUCAAAUUGCCGUUGUGGUGCCAGUGAACUUUACUCGGACUCAUGUAGUCAGAGCGUUCCCAUGGAACUGAGCAUGUAUGAGAGUCUGGGAAGACUUUGUGCAAUGUGUUUGUGCAUGAUGAACCCCCUUAACAUUGCAAUCAACCCAAUUAUAUGGAAGAAACUGCUCUGCUCGAACCUGAAGCUGAUUGAUUUACUGGACUGUGAUAAGAUGAGCGUUGAUUUGUUGCAGAAAUUUGUAGCUCUGGAGUCCACUGGCGCAGUUACUGAAGCCGAUCUCAACGGAUUAGUAUUUAGCCUUGAAAGUGCAGAAGGAGAUACCUUAGAUUUGGUGGAAAAUGGCUCUAAUUUGCCUGUAUCACCUUCAAAUCUGGGGAAAUACCUGGGACUUGCAACACUCUUUAGGCUCACUGAAGGCGAUCUCGGCUGUUCAUUCCUGGCUAAAGGGAUGAAUUCAGUGGUUCCAAUAGGAAGGCUUAGAACACUUUUGGAUCCCAGAUCUCUGGAGUUUGUCGUCUGUGGCGACUCUCUGGUAGAUCUCGCAGUACUCAGAGCACACACUGUCUCAUACUCACUCAACCUCAAGAAAGAUUUAUUUGACGUUCUCUCUCGAUUCAGCAAUGAUAUGCUGCAGCUUUUCCUUAGAUUUGUUUCUGGUAGAUCAAGACUACCUCACCCCAAUUCCGAUUGGUGUUUAAGAUUAGAAUACGAUAAUAAACCGGAUGAAGAUGCGGAUAAGAGAUUGCCCACUUCGGCAACAUGUAGUUUUAGGCUUUUGAUGCCCAAGUACUCGAGCCUUGAUAUUAUGUACAAGAGGCUGAUUUACGCUAUUGAAAACUGCAUCGCAAUUGACCUGGAUGCGCACGUGGUCCAUGACGAAAUGCAACUAUCCAUCAAUUAA